AGCCGUGGUAGAAUGAACCAAACUGCUGUGGCGUGAGUCCCAGGAGGAGGUGACCUCCAUCAGGAGCGCCUCCUCUUUACUCCAGCCAGUGUUUAAAUCUCCCUCCGGUCUGCAGCCGACUCAGCUGCAGCGUUUAAGCGUCAGGAUGAAGGUCGCCCUGGUUUUCCUGCCGUUCCUCCUCCUCCUCCUGCCUGUUUCCAUGAUGCCGGCGGACUCGGACAAUUGGAUGUCUGCUGACCUGGAAGCUCUGAAGCAGAAAGUCUCCUCUCUGGAAAGAGAGAACAAAGCCCAAAAAGUGGCCUUUUCAGCCUCUUUGUUGGCUGAAGGUUCCGGCUCUAUCGGACCAUACGCCACCUUCGUCGGCCUGGUCUUCAGACACGUCAUCACAAACGUCGGAGACGCCUACAACUCGCACACAGGUAUCUUUACCGCCCCGGUGGCAGGAGCUUACCGCUUUGAGUGGUACAUCGGAGUCCAAAGCAAGAAGCAAACGGCGGUGGCCCUGGUGAAGAACAACCAGCGGGUUUUCACCGCGCUGGAGGGCGAGGAAGACGGCUCCAGCACCAGCUUUAGCAGCGCCUCCAACGCCGCCACGCUGCUCCUGAAGGCCGGAGACGUCGUCUUUGUCCGUCUGUGGCCCAAAUACGUCGUCUUCGACAACGAGAACCACCUCUGCACCUUCAGCGGUCAUCUGCUGUUCCCCAUGUGAGCCCAGUCGCUGGAAAUCUUCUGCUGGUGAAUCCAAAUCUGGGUCCAGAUGUUCAAAAGAAGCUUUGCAACACUUUGUGUAGAAUCUGUAACCCUUAGUUAAUCUUCUGCAACAUUCUUGCUCCUCUGCUUUCUCUGCUUCAGAUAAUAAACUGAUGAUCUCACA